GCGCGGAGCAGGCGCGCGGCCCGGGCGAGGCGCGGGCGCGGGCGGCGCGGGGCUGCAGGCGGCGAGCAUGGGGCGCGCGGCGCCCGGGGCCCUGCUGCUGGCGCUUGCGUGUCUGGCUCUUUGUCAGGGGCGCGUGGUGAGAGUGCCCAGGGGCAGCCUGGUGCGGGUGGUGGGCACUGAGCUGGUCAUCCCCUGCAACGUCAGCGACUACGAUGGCCCCAGUGAGCAGAACUUCGACUGGAGUUUCUCCCCAUUGGGUAGCAGCUACGUGGAGCUGGCCAGCACCUGGGAGGUGGGCUUCCCAGCACAGCAGUACCGCGAGCGGCUGCAGCGGGGGGAGAUCGUCCUGCGGAGAACUGCCAACGAUGCCGUGGAGCUGCGCAUACAGAACGUGCAACCCGCAGACCAGGGCUCCUACAAGUGCUCCACUCCCAGCACAGAUGCCACCAUGCAGGGAAACUAUGAGGACACGGUGCAGGUGCAAGUGCUGGCAGAUGCCCUGCGCCUGAGCCCGGUCCUGCGGCCCACGCCCGGUCUGCGCCUGCGGGAGGGUGAGCCCAUGGCGCUGCGCUGCGCUGCGUCUACCGCGUCGCCGCUGCACACGCAUGUGGCGCUGCGUUGGGAGCUGGCGCGCAGUGGGGCACGGCGCGCAGUGCUGGCGCUGACGCACGAGGGCAGGUUCCUCCCGGGCCCCGGCUACGAGCAGCGCUACCGCGCCGGGGACGUGCGCCUGGACACCGAGGGCGCCGACGGCUACCGCCUCUCCAUGGCUCGGGUCCUGGCUGCCGACCAGGGCACCUACCGUUGCGUGGUCAGCGAGUGGAUCGGCGAGCAGGGCUCCUGGCAAGAAAUUCAAGAGAAAGCUGUGGAAGUGGCCACGGUGGUGAUCCAGCCCACAGCACUCCAGGCAGCUGUGGCUCGGAAUAUGUCUGUAACUGAAGGCACGGAGCUGGACCUGGCCUGUAACAUCACCACCGAUCGAACGGAUGACGUGCGGCCUGAAGUGACGUGGUAUUACAGCAGAACUCCUGACAGCACUCUGCCGGGCCCACACAUGCUGGCGCGGCUGGACCGGGAGUCCCUCAUGCACAGUUCUCCUCACAUUGCCAUCAGCCACGUGGAUCCACGCUCCUACCACUUGCUGCUCCGAGAUGUUAGCAAAGAGAACUCUGGCUAUUAUUUCUGUGUUGUGUCACUCUGGGCCCCUGGGCACAACAGGAGCUGGCACAAGGUGGCAGAGACCACUUCCCCCCCACAUCAGGUGGAGGUGACCUGGCAAGAACCAGAUUACCAGGUGUACCUAAAUGCAUCCAAGGUGGCCGAGUUUUCGGAUGACCUCACCAAACUGGACUGCCAGGUGGACAGCAGGAAUGCCGAGGCGGGCAUGCGUUUCACUGUGUCCUGGUACUAUCGGCUGAAUCGGCGUAGUGAUGAUGCAGUGGCCAGUGAGCUGCUGGCCAUCAUGAAUGGGGACUGGACUCUCAAGUAUGGUGAGAGGAGCCAGCAGCGGGCCCAGGAUGGAGACUUCAUCUUUUCCAAGGAGCAAAGCGACACAUUCACCUUCCGAAUCCAGAGGACCACCGAGGAAGACAGAGGCAGCUACUACUGCGUCGUGUCAGCCUGGACAAGGCAGCGCAAUAACAGCUGGGUGAAGAGCAAGGAGGUCUUCUCGAGGCCCGUCAAUGUGUUCUGGGCCGCUGAAGACUCCAUGCUGGUGGUGAAGGCCAGGCAGCUCAAGCCUUUCUUUGCCGUGGGGAAUACAUUUGAGAUGAUUUGUAAAGUGUCUUCCAAGAAUAUUAAGUCGCCACGCUAUUCUGUUCUCAUCACUGCUGAGAAGCCGGUUGGUGACCUCACCAGUCCCAAUGAAACCAAGUACAUCAUCUCCCUGGACCUGGAUUCGGUGGUGAAGCUAGAGAACUGGACGGACGAAUCACGUGUGGAUGGUGUGGUAUUAGAGAAGGUUCAGGAAGAUGAGUUUCGCUACCGAAUGUACCAGACUCAGAUCUCCGAUGCAGGGCUGUACCGCUGCCUGGUGACAGCCUGGUCUCCAGUCAGGGGCAGCCUGUGGCGAGAGGCAGCCACCAGCCUUUCCAAUGCUAUCGAGAUUGACUUCCCAACCUCAGGUCCUACUUUCAAUGUCUCUGUGCAUUCGGACACACCAUCGGUCAUCCGUGGAGAGCUGAUCAAGUUAUUUUGUAUCAUCACCAUGGAGGGAGCAGCUCUGGAUCCAGAUGACAUGGCCUUUGAUGUGUCCUGGUUUGCUGUGCACUCCUUUGGCCUUGACAAGGCCCCAGUGCUCCUGUCUUCCCUGGAUCAGAAAGGGAUUGUGACCACGACCCAGAGGGGCUGGAAAAGUGACCUCAGCCUGGAGCGCCUAAGUGAGCUGGAGUUCCUUCUGCGUGUGCAUAGCUCAGAGGACCAAGACUUUGGCAACUAUUAUUGUGCUGUGACGCCAUGGGUGAAGUCGCCCACGGGUUCCUGGCAGAAGAAGGCAGAGAUCCAGGCCAAGCCCAUCUUCAUAACGGUGAAGAUGGACGUCCUGAAUGCCUUCAAGUACCCACUGCUGAUCGGCGUGGGCCUGUCCACAGUCAUCGGGCUCCUGUCCUGCCUCAUUGGCUACUGCAGCUCUCACUGGUGCUGCAAGAAGGAGGUGCAGGACACCCGGCGUGAGCGCCGCCGCCUCAUGUCCAUGGAGAUGGACUAGGCCAGUGAUGCAGACCCUGCAAAGGGACAGGCAAGAAGGGGACCUCAAUGGCUGACUGCAAUGCGUGACACUGAGCCCAGUCCACUGUAAUCUCAGGUGGGCUGUUACCACUCCCACAGCACGCCAAGCUGGCUGCGGGACCUGUUUACCAGCACCCAGCCUGCUCUUCAUGGUACUUCACACUCCAGCCAGCAGUGUGUGCGCGGCUUUCGAAAUACUUAAUGUUCGUCUAAUUUUUUUCUCCUACUGGUUUUGGGGAUCCUCUGACUUGUGUGUUUUUCCCAUUCAUUGCAAGGGGGUGGUGAGGAAGGGGUGGUGACAUUCAGAGUUCUGAGUCUUGAGUGGGCAUGGAGGUACCUGCGGGGGAGACUUGGGGCCAGGGGCCAGCCUCCGUGCGGGUACAAGCCAGCACAGACUUGAACUGGAGGCUCUGGUCUUCUUUGCUUUGACUCGCUGGCCCACCCCUCUUCAUAGGGGUUUUGAUGACCCUGGAAAUCUCACCUUGGAGCAUGGCUUUACUCCGUGAGCUCAAAUAUAUUCUUCCUUUUUCUCUUUGGCUUCCUCACCCCUUUCCCACUUCUUUUGUAUUUGUUUUCUGCGAGAGUGCGGAAGCCACCGGCCUGGAAUCUGGAGUUUGGCUCUCCACCAAGCACCUUAUCUCGCCACCUUCGCCUUAAGAGUGAAUCUGAAGACAAAUAUGACUCCCCCACCCACCCACCCCCCACUCCCACCUUCUCUAUCCAGAUUGGAAAGGAGGCUUGCUGGGAGGAGGAGGCAGGCACAGAAGGAUCCUGGGAGCUGGGCUUGCAGGAGAGAAGGCCCGUCUACUAGGGGACUGCCUGAUACACCAUGUAUACUUCACAGGCUGCUGGGGUUCCUUCAUGCAAAGGCUAAAUUGCUGCUUGCAAGAUUGACAGACUUCACAAGACCAGAAAUUGCCUAGAAUAACCAUGCAUUUUCCAUGACUUUUGCUGUCCUUCAAGUCUUUGACGAGCCCCUGCAGGGGUGAUUGAGGAAAGGUGCAUUUUGCCAUGCAUUUGAUUUUUCACAGAAAACAACCCGGCAAUUUAUGGUCCUGUAAAAUGGCUUCAAAGGACAUGAGGGAGCAGUCUGUUUGCCCCUCUGUGUCUGCCCUGGGGAGGAAGAGGAGGAAAGCUGCUCCUCUCCAGCUCCCACUCCCCGGAGGGUCUCCCCUCUCUUUGUCCCUCCCAACUCUGACCUUUAGGAAGCUGCCUGGGUGCCCACAGCUUCCAGGCUAACUCCUGCUCUCCUGGCAAUGCACCCUGCUUUGAUCCUGUCUGCCAGGGAUCUGACACCACUCUGUCUUCCCAAGAGGAAAAAACAUGCAUUUGUUCUAAGCAAUAAAGUCCUGCAAACUGAUGGCCAUUCAUGUGCGGCUCUUUGUCUAGUGGGCUAACUAGCCGCACCCCUUCCAGCUCCCUUCCCACUCCCUGGCCUCCCCUCACUCUCCUGUCCCCCAUUCACUCUCUCUAAGCACCACCCCACCCCCGGGAGGCAGUUCGCUACCAAGUCUUCCUUUUUAUUUAUUUUGUGCCCAGAGGAGACCUCUUAGGUCUCAGAAACCAGCUUCUGUGCUCUUAGUCGCAGCCAAAGUGGAUCCUGGGCGCAGCAUAAGCAGGCAGAAAGAUGGGCGGCAAGUUUGCCCCCCAAAGUGUGAGCAGUUAGAGGAAGAAGGGAGGACUCUGAGCACCCUGGACCUCAGGGAGUGGAAGUGAGAGCACGUGAGACAGGUGCUGUGUUAGUGAUGGCUCUCUGAACCCUGGCAGUCGUCAUGUUUACAAGAAAAUUCAGGAUUAUUGUUAUCGGGGGUCCUUCUUGCCUAACAUGAAGGGGGCUGUGCAUUGUUCAAGACCAGGUGGACUGGAGUGUGUGUAAAAACACAGGAGGUUCUCAGCAGGUGCCCUGCAUGGCUGAGGGGACCUCCACACUCUUCAGUGGAGGCCUCAAUCCCCACCUCACUCUCUUCCACUGGGCAGGCACCAUGCCAGGGGCAAUCCCAGAGUGCGAACCAGGGACCUUGUGCCUCCAUGGGACUUAGCCGUGCCUGGGAGUUGAGACGUUGGGAAUCCCUCUUUUGCUGUAGCAAAUAAGAGCACCUCAUAGAAAGUGCUCUUCUGGAAGUGUAUCACCCAGAGCCAAGGGUGUGACCAGGGGCAGGAACAGCCUUGAUGCACACGACAGACUGACUUGCACUUCUGAAUAGAAAGGAACUUGAUAACUCGAUGCAAAGUGUUGGGUCUCCUCCUCAAUCUUGGAGGAGGCACCAGGAGGGAAGGUCACACAGAAAGAACCUGAGCUAGACUCAGCUGGAAACUUCAAAAUUGUUUCAAAGUGUUUACUUUCUAAUGUUUACAUACACUAUUCACUUUUGAGGAGAAAAAGAAAAACCUGCCUACUCUGACUUUUCAACAACUUUUCCAAUUUUUUCACAAGAUGAAAAACUGAGUCACCAACUGGAUUGAAGUCCUAAUUUUGAAUUUUGGGGGCAGAUGCUCCCCCCCACCCCACUUUCCCCUGGGAUCCUGGCAGAGGAGCUCCCUGCGCUCUCGCUUCUCACUUUGCAGACUAUCUGCAGCCAUGAUCUUGUCACUGACAUCGUGCGCCAAAGACUGAGCCUUUUGGGCAGAAAUAAUAAGCAAUACUUCAUGACUUGCAACUUUAAGAAAACUUUUUUUUCCUAGCUUCACAGAUGACAAGGGAAGAAGGGAACUGGGAUUUGGGUAAGUUCUUCUCCACUGUUUGACCAAAUUCUCAGUGAUAAAUAUUGUGUGCAGAUCACUAGGAGAAAAAAGUUGACUUUUCUUUUUUUAGCGUGGCACAUAAGGAUGGAUCUGCCGGAUUUUAUGUAGACAAAGAAAGGGUCUUGUGUAUUUUUUGUCCAUAUCUGAUGUUAUACAAACUAAUUGUUUUAUACUGUGACCACAGAUAUUAUGCAAUGCACCAUUUUUUUAAUUUCAUUAAAGGAAGAUUAA